GUAUAAGACCUAUUUAAAUCAAAAUAUAUUUCACUGGCACAACUUCCAUCACUGAGCACUAGAUUUUAUUUGAUUGUUGAAUUACCAUUGGAAGAUGACAAAGUUUGUCCAAGAUCCGAGACUACCAGAGCACCCGUAAAUUGGCUGUUGGCCCUGUACAUACUAUCACUACAAAUCUAAAUCUAUUUUACUCCUAGCUACAAAUGCUGUACCAAAAUAGAUUUUAGUAUGGAAGGAGAUGGUACACCACUCGUUAAAGUAGAACCAAAACAUGAAGAAGAAAUCCAUUCCUCUCUUCAGCAAAACAUUUUGGUGAGCAACGAACCUUUGGUUACAAUAAAAGAUGAGAUCGCUAUUACUAUGCAGUGUUCAAAAUCACUUGUAGAAGUACAGCAACAUUCUGACCUUCAACAUCAUAUUUUAACUGGGUGCAAAACAGUGUCUAAAGAUUUUAAAUGUGGUACUUGUGAUUAUGGGACAAAUAAUAAACACCUCUUCAAACAACAUCUAUUAAAACAUAAAGUUUCGAAAGUUUUUAAAUGUGCCGAUUGUGAUUAUGAGGCAUAUUAUAAAUGCAGAUAUAAACAACAUCUUUUAAAACAUACAGUUUCUAAGGAUUUUAAAUGUGCUGAUUGUGGUUAUAAGACCAGCAAUAAACAUACCUUUAACCGACACCUUUUGAUACAUAAAAUUUCUAAGGAUUUUAAAUGCGCUAUUUGUGAUUAUCAGACAAACAAUAAAUAUAACUUUAACCAACAUCUUUUAAAACAUAAAGUCUCGAAGGAUCUUAAAUGUGCUAUUUGUGAUUAUGGCACAAAUAAUAAACGCCUCUUCAAACAACAUCUUUUGAAACAUAAACCUUCGAAGGAGUUUAAAUGUGCCACUUGUGAUUAUGGGACAAAUGAUAAAUGCAACAUCAAACAACAUCUUUUAAAGCAUAAGGUUUCGAAGGAUUUUAAAUGUGCUGUUUGUGAUUAUAUGACAAACAAUAAAUACUACUUUAACCACCACCUUUUAAAACAUAAAGAGUCUAAGGAUUUUAAAUGUGCUGAUUGUGAUUAUAAGACAAACAGUAAAUCCAACUUUAACCAACACACUUUGAAACAUAAUGUUCAUAAAGAUUUUAAAUGUGAUGAUUGUGAUUAUGGGACCAAUAUAAAAAGCAACUUCAAAAAACAUCUUUUAAAACAUAAAUUGUCGAAGGAGUUUAAAUGCGCUGCUUGUGAUUAUAAGACAAUCAAUAAAUACUACUUUAACCGACACCUUGUAGUACACAAUAUUUCUAGGGAUUUUAACUGUCAUGAUUGUGAUUAUGGGACCAAUAUUAAAAGCAACUUUAAAAAUCACCUUUUAAAUCAUAAACAUUCAAAGGAUUUCAAAUGUGAUGAUUGUGAUUAUAAGACAACAAUAAAUAUUACUUUAACAGACAUCUUGUAAAACAGUUUCUUAGAUUUUAAAUGUGAUUGUGGGACAAAUGACAAAAACAACUUUAAAAGUCACCUUUUAAAACAUCAUAACAAAGGCACAGCUUAGUAAGUAAGCUGUGACAAAGGAUAAAGGCUGCAGGAAGCAAAUCCCUGUAAAAGAAGACUCAGAGGCUGAACAUAAGGAAGUGAGUUGUUUAUUACCUACUCAAUAACUGUCUCUUGUAUUACUUGCGCUGUAAGGUGUGUUGCCUAUCCCUUGGGGUAUGUUAUCACAAUGUUUUGUUUUAAACACUAUGGAAUGGCUUUUUAUCCAUAUCCAUUGCUGUUUCACAUAACAAUAGUAUUUGUGCAUCGAAUAAAACUAAUAUAAUUUUAUUAGGCUUACAUUAUGUAUUUGCAUUCAUACUAAUGUGAUCGUUCUAAUUAGACGCCAAUGUAUUUAUUAUUUACUUUAGUAGGUAGGAUAAAAUGGACUUGGAUAUAUUUCUUAGAUAAUAACUUUGCAAUAUGCUAGUCUUGCUUGUGACUCAAUUGGGUCCCAUACACCGGUACUGCUCCAUAAGUAAAUAUGCCAGCGCCCACAAUUUGAGGUUUUUGAAAAUGUUCUAUGCUAACUUCACACUACAAAGAACACAAAAAUAAAGUCAACCCGGCAACGUUUAAAAAAGGUCACCCGAAUGACUAGUAUAUAAAUGAAAUAGGCUGGGAAAAAAAGAACUUGCCAGGAAAAAAACUAGCAGACAAAUUAAUAUUAAAUUGUGUAUCAAAACUAAAUGUUUGUAAUGAUGCAUUGUAGGUAUAACAUAAGUUUAUAACAAUAUGUAU